UGGCGUCCGGCCAGCGCCCCCGCCUUAGUAUGCCCACGAAGGCGGCGGGCAGCGCGGAGCGGCGGCCUGGGAAGCCGCCCAUCCCGGCGGCGGCACCUGCCUGCCGAGGAAUGCCAAGUGAGUACCACUUUGUGAAACCAAAAAGUGAUUGUUCGAGGACCUCCCUGCAAUGGUAUACCCGUGCCCAGAACAAGAUGAGAAGACCUAGCUUGUUGUUCAAAGACAUCCUUAAAUGUAUGCUGCUUGUGUUUGGAGUGUGGAUCCUUUAUAUCCUCAAGUUAAAUUACACCACUGAAGAAUGUGACAUGAAAAAAGUGCAUUUUGUGGACCCUGACCGCAUAAAGAGAGCUCAGAGAUAUGCACAGCAAGUGUUGCAGAAGGAAUGUCGACCCAAGUUCGCGAAGAUGGCAAUGGCCCUGUUAUUUGAGCAAAAAUACAGCAUGGACUUGGCGCCCUUCGUGCAAAAGGUCCCCAGAGCCAGCAAAGCUGAGAACAAAUAUGACCCUCCUUUUGGAUUCUGGAAGUUCUCCAGUAAAGUCCAGAGCCUUUUGGACAUUCUGCCUGAGCACGACUUUCCGGAGCACUUAGGAGCCAAGCACUGCAGGCGCUGCGUGGUUAUUGGGAAUGGGGGAAUCUUGCGUGGACUAGAGCUGGGCCAUGCCCUCAACCAGUUCGAUGUAGUGAUAAGGCUAAACAGUGCACCAGUGGAGGGAUAUUCCCAGGAUGUUGGAAAUAAAACUACUAUAAGGAUGACCUAUCCAGAAGGUGCACCACUGUCUGAUGUUGAAUAUUAUGCCAAUGACUUGUUCGUUGCUGUUUUAUUUAAGAGUGUUGAUUUCAACUGGCUUCAAGCAAUGGUAAAAAAUGAAACCCUGCCAUUUUGGGUGCGACUCUUCUUCUGGAAACAGGUGGCAGAAAAAAUCCCACUUCAGCCAAAACACUUCAGGAUCCUGAAUCCAGUUAUUAUCAAAGAAACUGCCUUUGACAUCCUUCAGUACUCAGAACCUCAGUCAAGAUUCUGGGGCCAAGAUAAGAAUAUACCCACGAUUGGUGUCAUUGCCAUUGUCUUAGCCACACAUCUGUGUGAUGAAGUCAGCUUGGCAGGAUUCGGAUAUGACCUCAGUCAACCCCGAACACCUUUGCACUACUUUGACAAUCAGUGCAUGAGCGCCAUGAACUGGCAGGUCAUGCACAAUGUGACCACAGAGACCAAGUUCCUCCUGAAGCUGAUCAAAGAGGGCGUGGUAAAAGACCUCAGUGGGGGCAUCCACUGUGGAUUCUGAGCAUAGCAAGGCCCACUCGGCAAUGUGCUGGGACCCCAGGACUGUUCUAUGCAGCCUUCUGGUCAGACGGAAGAUACUUUGAAAUGCAGCUGGUGUUUUUAACUUUUCACUUGAAAACAAAAAAAGUUUAGCCUUCCCACUUCUUCCUAUUUAUUUUGAAGUCAGUGUUUGGUUUUGCACAUUUUAUAAGGUAAGAAAGGAAUGGGAAACUUUUCAAAGAGAAUCUAUGGAAUGAUGUUUUAUUGUAUCUGAAGAGAGUAAUUUAAUGUGUAAAAGUUCUGCACGUCACAUAGCCGGUGAUGGAGUGGAAGGAGAGGGGGUUCUGCUCCCUUGGUGGUGACCUGCUUCUGCUUUCUGCUGCUCUUUGCGGAGUUGGUGGCAGGUGCUUCCUGGACGCUGAGCUCCAUCUAAACUACUGGCAGCUGCACCUGCACGAGACCUGGGCCAGCUGGACAAGUUCAUGGCUCUUCACUAUUCGUCUGCCCUGUCAGAGUCUCACAGGAAUUAGCCAGGGGAACAGUCCUGGAGAUUGCUGGUGGGGGCAGGGCAGAGACAAGAAGGCUCAAGUCUACUGAAAACUCUGAGUCUUUGUUGGGCUACAGAAAUCAGUCUUCCUAGCAAGACAGUUUUUGAACUUCUUGAGACUUUACAGGGUUUUUUGUUUGUCUGGUUUCUUUUUUUUGCUACCAUGUCAAAGCACCUAACUCUUUUUUUUAAGAUGUUCUGCUAAAGCCGGGCGUGGUGGCGCAUGCCUUUAAUCCCAGCACUUGGGAAGCAGAGGUAGGAGGAUCACUGUGAGUUCAAGGCCACCCUGAGACUACAAAGUGAAUUCCAGGUCAGCCUGAGCUAGAGUGAGACCCUACCUCGGGGGAAAAAAAAAAAAUGUUCUGCUAUCUGUCUGAGAUAACUUACCAAAAUAACAAAACCACCAUUAUCCAGGGUUAUGGAGGAAUGCAGGCUUCCAAGGAACAAUCACAUUUUCUGAAGCACUAAAAUGAAAUCCUCCCACUGUUGUAAAUUAACUUAUUUUAAAAAAAAAUUGUGAAUGCCAGCAUGACAAAAGUGUGGACCAGGCAAUGUGCUGGUCAAAAAGAAGAGGUUAGACAGAAAUGAAAUAAAGAAUAAAAUCUGCCAGACAUGC